AUGAUUGACACCCUUCAACAAUAUUCUCUUAUACACCCAAUAGAACUAAGUGCGUAUUCAAUAAUAUCAAAUAACCUCGAUUCAUUGAAUCAAUCAAUAGCCGAAUUACGUGAAUUUCAAGCACUAAUGAUAGUUAAGCUUAAAUCAUUAAUUGAACUAGAAACGGAUAAAUUUAGAUUAUAUAAAGCAGAAAUACACUAUCAACAAGAAAUCAUUAAAAAGUUAAGCCUAUUAGAAAAGAGGUUGGAUAAACUAAUAAAAAAAUAUGAAACAUUAAAAAGUAACUGA